AGUCCCUCCCACCCCUUGCUGUCUGGACUGCCCAGGAUGUGACGUGGAUAAAUGGGUGUCAGAAGAGAGACACUAAUUUGGGGCUUGGGUGGGGUAGCACACUGGUGUCUCAAAGCAGCAGCCUCUUCACACCAGUUGAAGGCUUGGAGAGGUGGAAUUAAGGAAAAAUAAACUCAAAGCGAAAAGAAGUCUGGACAUCCAGCCAGCAACACACCACACUUGUGGACAGAAGAAUGACUUUGGAUGGAAAACAACCAAAACUUGGAGACCUAAUUGAAAUUUCUCGCUACUGCUAUCAGCACUGGGCCAUCUAUGUGGGAAAUGGCUAUGUGGUCCAUCUGGCUCCACCAAGUGAAGUGGCAGGAGCUGGCGUGAGCAGCAUCAUGUCCAUCGUGGCUGACAGAGCCAUAGUGAAGAAGGAGCUGCUGUCCGUGGUGGCCGGAGGAGACAAGUACCGGGUCAAUAACAAGCACGAUGACAAGUAUGACCCACUGCCAUCCAACAAAAUUGUCCAGCAGGCAGAGAAAAUGGUGGGGAAGGAAGUCCCCUAUUCAGUGACAAGUGACAACUGUGAGCACUUUGUGAACACACUGCGCUAUGGAGUUUCCCGCAGUGACCAGGUGACUGACACCUUCACUGUGAUUGGUACUGCAUCAGUUGUCCUGGGUGUUGCUGGCCUCAUUGGGAUGAUGCUGUACAGAAGCAAGCGGGAAAAGCAGUAAAUGCAAGGCUUUAUCUUGGCGGCACCAGUUACCUUGGGGGAGUUUGAUCAAGCCAGUGGAAAUGGUUUGGUUUACAGGUUUCACUCUUUAGUAAUCAUGAGCACUUGGUUUAAGUGCUCAUGAUUUGAUUGGGGCUCAAUCAAAGCAUAGGAAGCUGUUUUCUGAGGGAAACGCUGCAUGGUAUGAAUUCUAUUAAAGAGAUGAUUGCACAAUG